AACAAAGUCGGCCGGUACUCUGCUACUUGGAUCAUUUUCACUCAGAAAUUAAAUUCCUUUAACGUUCAUUGUUCCUUUUGAAAACAACAGUACAUCAUCACGGUACAGUAUACCAAUACUGUGCCAUGCUGAAGCAACACCGUAAACCGUCCCUGGAUCAGUGAACGAAGGAACUUCCUCAUCGCCUGCACUGCGCUUUCCAUAAAGUCCGGAACCGGAAAAGUUGUGUUCUUUUAAAGAGUUCGGAGUACAACGAGGCUUCUCCCGGUUGACUGAAGCGCUUGGACUUAUAAGGUUUCGAACCUGCCCACAUGUGAACUGGCUGUCCUCAGAUGAAGUGUGUGCUCAUCGCCAGUGAGAAUGCAGAAGUCCUCUUCUACUGGGCCGACCUGGACUUUGAGCAGAGCAUUCGGGAGCAGUACGGGGCUCUGCAGGAAGAAGGGGUGAAGCCUAUGGCCUUUGAAGACAGCAUCAACACCCUGUUUGCCCCCAUCAUCAUCUCCUGCAGCACCAUGAUUGACAGGAUUUGCGACAACUACACCUCCUUUAGCACUGAGAACAACCACGUAUACGUUUUGCAGCAGUUUGAAGAAUGCCUUUAUAUUGGAGUAUGUGGAGAUGGAGAAGAGAAUGAGGAGGACCUGAAAAGGAAGAUAUAUGUGUUGAAGAAACUAAUAGAGAUUCACUAUGGGAUGGUGACUCUUAGCAGCAGCCUACUGAGGAAGGAACUCCGACCACAUGACAGAGAUCAAAGGAAUCAUCUUUGGAGGAAAUUCCAAAGCCUUCUGGGAACCUACAGUCACCUCAAAGAGCAGGACCAGAGCUUUUUAGUAGAGGCAGUGGAGAGGCUGAUCCACCCUACACUUUGUGAGCAGUGCAUUGAGUUCUUGGAGCGCCGACUUGUGCAACAAAUAAACAGUAGCACGGAACGUGCCGGAGAAGAGGUUCUUCAUGCCUUCAUCCUUGUGCAUACCAAACUGCUGGCUUUUUACUCCAGCCGAAAUGCCAGCACUCUUACUUCCUCUGACCUGCUGGCUUUGAUUCUGAUGGUGCAGAACCAGUUUCCCAGCAACAGUGAUCUGGAGGACAUGUCCCCAGAGGAUAUUGAGAAUAACUCAGCACCUGAUGUUUUCUACACUCCUGAGCCAUCUCCUACUAGUAAGGACUCUGGUCCAUCUGGAGCUGAACAGGAUUACACUCCUGUCUUUCAGUUUGUUGACCCUGACAUUCAGAUGGCAGAAGAUAGCUUACAGACUCUUGAAGUUCCACCACCAGACCCUUCCAUGCCUUCACGAGUCUUCCUUGAAGUCACCUCCAAAGAUGGCUUUUGUCCCAUGAUGCCUCACUCCAUGUACUGCCUGACACUGUGGCCAGGCAUCACAUUGGUGCUGCUGACCAAGGUUCCCAAUAGCCAAUUGGCCACAUCUGUCUACUUUUUCCUGGACAGCUUCAGCCAGCUGGAGAGGAGGCUUAAUGAAGUGCAGGAUGGGACCUCUGUUUCUCGCAGUCAGCACUCUUUGCAUGACCUCCGCAAUAAACUUGACAAAUUCAUUCGAGCCCUAAGUAGUAGUGACAUUCAGCUGCAAAAUGCCUGGGCUGAAUUCAAGAGCAAAGUGUUCUCAAGAAGUGGGCCAGGAGUCAGUCGGGAAUUGCUCCCAUGUUGUAAGAACAUGAAGACUUGUCUGUGUGGAGUGUACAGACAUUAUUUUUUGGUGGAGACCACUAGGAGCAGCCAGCGCCUGUCUUCCAGCCUGCAAGAGCGAGCCCAGCAGUCAGUGCAAGAAAAGUUGUUAGACUGGAAGGACUUCCUGCUAGUGAAGAGUAAGAGGAACAUCACCAUGGUGUCAUACCUGGAGGAGUUUCCUGGCUUGAUCCACUUCAUGUACGUUGACCGCACUGCAGGGCAAAUGAUUGCCCCAUCCAUCAAUGUUACAGACCGGUCCACUUCUGAGCUGGGAAAAGGACCCCUGGCACACUUUGUCAAAAACAAGGUGUGGAGUUUUGUGGAAAUGGCUCGACGCUACCUUCAGAAGGGAUACACUACCGUCACCCUUAGGGAUGGAGACUACUACUUGUGCUACUUUCUGUGGUUUGAGAAUGAGACGGGCUACAAACUGGAGGUGUUGGACCCGCCCACCCUUCGUGAUUACUCUGCCCCCAUUGGAAUGCUGGCCUCAGAUUACUACAGGAAACUGCUCAGGUAUUACAGUAAGAGCCAUAAUGCAGAGGUAGUGAAGUGCUAUGAGCUUCUGAGUGUCCACCUGGGUGUGAUCCCCACUGAGUACAUCCUACAGCACUGCUGCCAACUGGCCCGCAAGCUGUGGGAACCGUCCCGCAUCCCUCUGCUGUAAGGGGUCAGAUCAGGCCCUAACCUGCAAUUUCCUGCUGGAACCUUUGACAGAGUCCUCAGAGGAUGGCAGUACAACAGUGUCCAGCAUACUAAUUUGACUGUCAUUGCUGCAGUAACCCCAACAGCGGGUUGAUGCUAUCCUCCUAUCUCACCUGGGUUUAAAAGUCCUUCAUGGCUGUGUUGUCAACAAGCCUUAAACUUAAACAUACUGUUAAUGACACUGGUCAGUCUGGUCAAAGAAAUCAUUCCUGUUCAUUGCACUAAUAUUGCACUCAUCUUGUUUUUGAAGUCCAGAAUUUCGGGAGUGAUUACACUGUUAGAACAGACAUUUAGGUAAUUCUCUCCUUACUCCUGCUGCAAUUGUGCUUGCACUGGAAACGUUGUUAGCCUGUAUAAUCCCAUAAGGGCACUCCUGGAAGCAGAGGCUGAGAAACAGAACCAAAGACAGUGACAUAGUGGCAUGCAGUGUCACUGUCCUGCUUUCCCUGUCUUCUGUAUGCAUCUUUCUAGGAUGCAAAGGUGCAUUUGGAGUACAAGAGGAGGAAAGGAAAGAACUCCUUUGUUUCUAGCAGUAUACUGUCUCAUUAUAUUCUAAGAUCACAGUGCUGUCUCUGGUCCUGUGUGGCCUAAGUAAAAAUAAAAUUUGGAGUUUAUUAUUCCCGUUUUAUGCCCAUUUAAAUUUUUUUUUUUUGCACAUAAAACUGUGAUGUUUGUCAGAUUGGCAGAUGCAGACCAUGUUUGUGUAUGGCUUAUUACUUUUAUUUCCAGUUGUUGUAGAUUGUAAAUCUCAGGAUAAUAAUCAUGUGUUUUUCUGCAAGGGCAGGCAACUUAUUAUGCUGGAAAUCAACUCCAGUCUUUCUCUGUUCUUGUAUAACAUUUAGCAUUUGAAAAUAGUUUACAGCAUUUUUACACUCAAUGUCCACAACAUACCUUGGACUUUCUUUUUUAAUU